AUGGCUGCACCGCCAAGUAGCAGCAGGCUCCGCAGCAUGUUGCAGGCGUCAGUCCAAUCUGUCCAAUGGACUUACAGUCUCUUCUGGCAAAUCUGUCCGCAACAAGGGAUCUUAGUAUGGUCAGAUGGGUACUACAAUGGAGCCAUCAAGACGAGGAAGACGGUGCAACCCAUGGAAGUCAGUGCAGAAGAGGCCUCUCUUCAGCGGAGCCAGCAGCUUAGAGAGCUGUACGACUCAUUGUCUGCCGGAGAAACUAACCAGCCCCCGGCACGCCGCCCUUGCGCCUCCUUAUCCCCCGAGGACUUAACCGAAUCCGAAUGGUUCUACUUGAUGUGUGUCUCCUUCUCUUUCCCCCCUGGGGUGGGGUUGCCAGGAAAAGCAUAUGUGAGGAGGCAGCAUGUAUGGCUCACCGGUGCAAACGAAGUCGAUAGCAAAACCUUUUCCAGAGCUAUCUUAGCCAAGAGUGCUCGUAUACAGACGGUGGUUUGCAUUCCUCUACUAGACGGCGUCGUCGAACUAGGCACCACAGAGAGGGUUCCAGAAGACAAUGCCUUGGUCCAACAUGUCACAACCUUCUUCGUUGACCACAACCACCCUCCUCCCCCAAAACCCGCCCUCUCCGAGCACUCAACCUCCAACCCCGCCACGUCAUCCGACCACCCACAUUUCCACUCUCCGCACCUCCCAGCCAUGUGCACCGACCCGCCUCUAGACGCCGCCCAAGAAGACGAAGAAGAGGACGAGGAAGAGGAGGAUCAAGAAGAGGACGAGGAAGCAGAGUCAGACUCCGAAGCCGAAACGGGCCGCAACGGUCAGCCCGUUGCUCCCGGUCCAAACCCUCCAGCGGUUUCGGCCCCCGCAGCAGAGCCGAGCGAGCUCAUGCAGCUAGAGAUGUCCGAGGACAUCCGGCUCGGCUCUCCGGACGACGCGUCCAACAAUUUAGACUCGGAUUUCCACUUACUAGCAGUGAGCCAGUCUAGGGUUAACCCAGCCGAUCAGCAGCGCCAAGCUGACUCGUAUCGAGCCGAGUCCACUCGCCGGUGGCCGUCAGUACAAGAGCCACUAAGCAGCGGGCUCCAACCGCCACCCCAAGGACCCCUGGCAUUGGAGGAAUUGACGCAUGAUGACACUCACUAUUCUGAAACAGUCUCCACCAUACUUCAAAGGCAGGCAACUAGGUGGACGGAUUCCUCGUCCACCGAUCACGUCGCCUACUCAACCCAAUCAGCAUUCGCCAAGUGGACGACUCGCGUCGAACACCACAUGCUGGUGCCAAUUGAGGGCACGUCCCAAUGGCUCCUCAAAUACAUCUUGUUCAGCGUUCCUUUCCUCCACACAAAAUACCGCGACGAGAACUCGCCAAAAUCUCACGAGGGCGAUGCCUCCACUCGGUUGAGGAAAGGGACCCCACAAGAUGAGCUCAGCGCCAAUCAUGUCAUGGCGGAACGGCGUCGUCGCGAGAAGCUUAAUGAGAGGUUCAUUAUACUAAGGUCGCUAGUGCCCUUUGUGACAAAAAUGGACAAGGCCUCGAUACUAGGGGACACGAUCGAGUACGUGAAGCAAUUGCGUAAGAAGAUUCAGGAUCUUGAGGCACGUAACGUCCAGAUGGAGGAUGAUCAACGGUCAAGAUCAUCCGGGGAAAUACACAGGUCAAAUAGUAUGAAAGAGUUGCGGAGCGGGCUCACGGUAGUGGAGCGGACCCGGGUUGGUCCACCCGGUUCGGAUAAAAGGAAGUUAAGGAUUGUGGAGGGAAGUGGUGGUGCGGCCGUCGCCAAGCCUAAAACGAUGGAGGAGUCACCACCUCCUCCACCGCCACCGCUACCACCACCACAACCAUCACCGACACCUAUGGUGACGGGUAACUCUCUAGAGGUGUCGAUAAUCGAGAGUGACGGGUUGUUGGAGCUCCAAUGCCCGUAUAGAGAAGGGUUGUUGCUUGAUAUCAUGCAAACUCUAAGAGAGCUAAGAAUUGAGACCACAGUUGUCCAGUCCUCAUUGAAUAAUGGGUUCUUCGUAGCUGAGCUGAGGGCCAAGGUGAAGGAGAAUGUGAAUGGCAAGAAAAUAAGCAUUACGGAAGUGAAGAGGUGCGUACGUAAUUAA